AUGUUCGCGUCGUCGCGUAAAGCUUUACCUUUGCUCUCGUGGUUUUUGUUCAUCUUCAUCGCGUUUCAUCACGUGUGUCAGAAAGCACACGCGAUGAAAGAAUCCACCACGAUUUCUCUCUCCUCGCAAACGCAGAAGCACGAUAUGUUUGACACCUUUGGAUUCGACUCGAAAUCGAGCUCGAUGACGUUUCAGAAAUUAAAAAUGAAAAUUUUAGGCGGAGAAGACUCCGCGACGCCCGCGCGGCUUCCAAAAGUCUACCUGAGUUUGUGUCCUUUGAAUGAAAACGCAAACUUGGCGAACGAGGCAUCUGCAAGCGAUGCGAACGGCGCUUGGUGCGAAGUGAGCGUGGGGAAGUUGAACGAGACGAACGCGUGUCGAUUCGUGGCGUUCGCCGGAGAGGAGGAGGAGGAGGAGGAGGAAGAAGAAGAGGAGGCGAUAGGAGAACGACGAAGGAGAAGCGGUAGGAGAAGAAGUUUACUCACUGGCGGCGCGUAUGGCGAUGGUGAUGACGGGAAUGUGGUGUUUGAAAAAGAAUACGCGCCGAUGCAAAUCAAAGUGAACGAAAAGAAAGUGUACGACAUCGCCUUUUUCACGUGCGAUUCAAAAGGUACAACGAUUGAAAUAGACGUCGCAUACGAGACUUUAAACGGUGGGAAACACCACUUAAGCACCGAGUGGCAACCAGUAGUGAGCGUCUUUUUGUACAUUUUGUUGUGUUACGUGAUUUUCUUCAUGUUGCAAUUGACGCACACGAUGUCGAUGUGCGCUAUAUAUCGCAGUCAAUCCGUCAUAUCCGCGUUGCACUACGCAAUGUGGACGACGCAAGUUAUGCGAAUGAUACAUGUGAGUAUAUCCUUUAAUCAUUUCAAUUACAUCGACAUAAAUGGGACUGUAAAUGAUUCUUUUUAUCAUGGCGUUAUCAUCUGUUCGAGUUUGAAGGAAAUGACGUUUUGGACGUUGUUACUCGCCAUCGGCGGCGGUUGGCGAGUGACGUCAAAUCGAGCGUCGAGAGAGCGGAAGAUCAUCGGUGGUGUGACUAUGUUUAUGAUAUUCACAACUAAUCUAGUCGGUCAGAUGAAUUUAGGCAUACGAACGGUCUAUUUCGUUUACGCUUUGACGUAUUGUGGCGUCAUAUCAAUGACAUUGUAUGUGAGCUCGAAAACCAUACGAACGUUGCACGAGCAACUCGAGAUUUUUCGACGAUCUGGGGCAACCGAGGAAGAAGUUGCCAGAGCGCCCGUGAGAACGAAAGAACGAAUGUACCAGACAUUUUACGUCGCGUUUAUUGUGUUUUGUGGACUCAAAAUUAUGAACCAGAUUCUUUCCACGUAUUUCGAACGCGACCACGCUUGGGUGCAAUUAUUCUUCUCGGAGUUUAUCGAUAUGAUGCUGUGGUGUUUCUUGCUCAUUCUCUUCAGGCCAAAAGACCAGACGUACACGACGUCUUUCCCGGCGAAUGGGUUCGAUCCUUUUGGGUUCGAUGCUUCAGUUCGAGCCGCAGAAAUGGGCGUACAUCCGCGAGAAGGUCUCACGUAUCUUCCGGACAUUUACGUCGCCGAGGUAUCGGCGGCUUCAAAAAUCGAAAGAGAAUUUCUUCACCGAACUAGAAAUGAUGAUGACGUCGUGGUCGCCGGAAUAGCAUCGGACCAAUCGUCCGACUCUGGCGGAGCCUCUCGAUCGUCCACAUCUGUGGAUUCUAUCGAAUUAUCCGCUCGAGGCGUGAUGUCAAAAUCCGCCCCCGCGGAGGAAUCUUCCACCUCCACUCUGAGUUCUCUCGCCGACGGUGGGGCCGACGUCGAACAAGGCCUCGCAUCCCAACAACAUCAGAGCAUCAGAGCUCGAAUGAACGUCUACGUCAUCGAAAACCCACCGACGACAAAAGGAGACGGUGCCCCGCUUUCAGAAUCCAUCGCUUUAGCCAUUAAAAUCGACGACAUCGAAGCGCACCGCGCGCUAGAGAAACGAGAGAGAAGCGUAAAUGAAGCCUCCGCCGCCGCCGCGGUAUUAGAUGAAGAACAAGAAGGGCACGCAGCAGCCGAGUAG